UAUUAGUAUUAGUAUUAGUAUUAUCUAGGUAAUUUACAGUACCAUACGAGUGCUCUCCUCUAACUUACUUAUCCGCGCCAUCCCGCCGCAAUGGCUACCAAAAAAGAUUUCGGUCAUUUUAUUCUCGCCCUGCCAGUAUCUGCGUCGGCACCUUCAUUAGAUCUCGCAUUCCCCCCUUACAUACCUGACUGACAUCUUACAUCCUUAUCCUUUGUUUACUGCCUUGCCUGUGUAUUUGUGGCAGCCUUUAUUACAGUUUGAUGCCCACCAAUACCUUACUUGUUUGUACCUUGCUUCACUAUAUUUAUUCAUUUAUCUAUCUAUCUAUCUAUCUAUCUAUCUAUUUACGACUGUUCUUCCUCUGUACUUUUCCGCUCAAUAGCCAGCCCGAGUCAGACGAGAACGAGAACAGCCAGCAGCACCGACAGUCCCAGCUCCCGACCCGACCUUCCACGUCGCAUGUUGCUCAAUCUUGCGGUCUAGAGGGAUCAUACUGGUCAUAUCAGAUCCAUCCAUACCUUACGAGCCGGCACAUUGGGUGGUCAAGGCUUGCUCGCGCACUCGCCUUCGUCUUCGCCUUCGCCCUCACCUCCCCCCCCUUGUUCCUUCCGCUCCAUUCCUCCCUGUCUCACUCUCCCCGUUCCGGUCAGAACAUUCGCUCUUACUCGCUCAACUCGUCCAGCCAGCCCUCCUUUGUACAUACCAGCCGGCCAUUUCCAAUCCAUACAUUUUCCUCUUCUCUUUCUUCUCUUCGUUCACUUCUAUUUUCGUCAACUUCCAUUGUCCGCCACUCUCACCGAGUCACCUCUUUGGGCGGCCCUUUGUCACUUUCCUUCCUGGCCAUUCAUUGAUUGCACCCGACAUCGUAGGCGACGAAACAACUCGCCCUUCCACUCUUUUCUGUACUCGCUGCAGUCAAUUGGUUGUAGAACGUAGACAAUUAUCGGGUUUUGGAUAGGGUAUCUAUCGCGAGACACAAUAGAUUCACUCAUUUCGCGGAGUUUACGAACUCGAGCAAGAUCCGCUUUUGGAUACGAUCCUAGAACGUACCCACACAUAUCCCUCGACACAAAAUUUGACACAGGGAAAGGUUCCGCAGCUGGACUGGGAGGAUAUAAUAAUAAUGGCAUCAGAUGCACACAAGAGGGGCAGGACGAACAGCAUCGCAGCGGCGAACGACCAUCCAAGUGCUUCAUCCAACAACGAUGGAUCGAUGACCUCUCAGCAACCGCAGGAUUCGAGGUCCCAAGGCGCCCUCGAGAUACAUGUCGUUGACGAGAGCUAUGACAUUACACAAGGGAUCAAGUCGGGAGGCAGCCCAUCGCCGAGGAAUCAGCCCAGUUACGAGCCGAGUCCAGCAGAGAAGAACUCAAGACUGAGCGACCAAAACUAUGCUCCUAGCCAAGCAGACAGAAACUCAAGAUCAGGUUCCACGAAAAUCGCCUCGAAAGCAAUGGAGAGGCAGACAAGAGUUGUAACACGCCCCCAGCCGAUCUCGAUAGAACCGCCAGUCACGAAGGCGACAUUGAGUGAGUUAGACGUGACCAAGAUCGUAAACAACCCAAAACUGCGUCACGAUAUCAACUUCGAUCCUGAACUCCACUUCCGCCCGAAUCUGGAUGGUGACAAGGGAAGGAGGAAGACGGAAAAGGCCAACUACUUUUGGGAUACGAUGCGAGUGCAACUGCAAGCCUUCCUCACAAAUCAAGAGCGCUUCGAAAGAGAACUCGGAGACUCAGAAUGGUGUUUACCUGCAACCUUGAAUGCCAUUCGAGGAAUCUUGGAGACUCUGGUGCCGCAGCGAGACAAAGCUUCUGUAGAAGAGACUUUCAAUGUUGAGCUACUCAUGCAGCAAUUCCGAAUGGGGGUCGCUGAUUUGGUCAAGCUUGCGUUGUGGCUAUCUCAAUUGCUCAAAUGCCACUGUGCUCCUAUGAGGGACAACUGGGUUGAUGACAUGGUCACCCAACUUAGUCAGGGAAACCAAACGGGCGAUGUUAAUCUGUUGGUAGCCGGCAUGAAGAACUUACUCGGUGUACUAGAGGCUAUGAAACUGGAUGUGGCGAACCAUCAGAUCCGGUGUCUCAGACCCCUUUUGAUCGAUGAUACGGUUCACUUCGAGCAGAAAUUCUUCAUGAAAAAAAUAGCUUUGGGUAGAGUUGAUAUUGGUGGUGCCCAUUCAUGGUUUCGGCGAGCGAGCAGCUUGCCAGAAGCAGUAUCGAGCAGCACUUCGAUGAAUUCACAGACCUGGGAUUUCAUGAAGGCAAUGGUUAAUCUCACACUGCCGUCCAAAGCCGAGCUGUUUCCACACACAUUUCUGUUUGACGAGGAGCGGUUGAUCAAGUUACGCACGGAUAUGCUUGAUAUGGUCAACCUCGAGAUCUGUUUGCAACUUUACCGCAAUCUGGAGGCUCAAAACAGGUCAUAUCGUGACGAUACGCCAACGACAUCUGUAUCAACACCAUGUGAUCGAGCCGACUCUCCAGGUGACGAUCUAACGUACUCGCAGCCCACAAUUCCAUCUCUCCAUCACUUCGAUAUGUCUCGAUCCAGUCGUCAAGACCACUGUCACUCCCUUCGUCAUCCUCUCGGAAGGCAGUCGUGGGUCCCAGAUAUCGAUGGAAGUCGUACCGGCUCAUCUGCCUGCAGUCCACGGUCAUCACCCUCGUCGACAGCUUCCACUCCUGACACCCUUCCACCUACCCCACUUUAUCUUACGCCUGUAACAUCAGAUUCUGCGUCAACAUCCCAACUCCGAAGUUCUCUUCUCGCGAUUCUGGCCUCAUCGACAUCAUCUAAUAAGUGGGAAGCCCUCUCGCCUGAUCUCGCCCUUCAGAUUCUACGCCACACCUCUACAUCCCUUAUUCGCCUUCCACAGUUCGAAACUCGUCUAGCUUUCCACGUCUCCAAUCCUCGGUCCAAGCUGUAUCAGGAUGCGGAAGAAAAGGUUCUGAGAAGCCUUCACACCGAUUUGCAGAAGCUUGUUGAAACCUAUACGCCUCUUUCAAGUCUCCAAAUUUUCGAGGCUGCUACAGCCCCAAGAGUCAUUCCCACCAGUGCAGCCGCACCAAGCAAUGGCUUUAAAGAAGACAUUGCUGAGAUGGCCACCCGGAUGGCACACAUCGGAAUCUUGCAUUGGAGGGUCUGGGCACCGUUAGCCUACCUUGUUGAUCCCGAUGCAGAGGAGGAGCAAGCUGCCAAUUCUGACCGAGCCAAGAGCGUGCCUUGAAAGCAGCUUACUCAAUCUUGUUCAAGAGCGAAAGAGACCUGCGACAGAUAUUUAUUUGAGAGAAGCCAAGCCGAGGACGGUGAAAGCAGCAAAUCAACCCACCAACAUACUUCAUGGAAGUUUUAGGUGCCGCCCUUUCAAACAUCAUUGAUAGGAGACAAUCAGGGAUGGAAUACUUGCAAUAUGGCCCUAGCCAAGGAGAGAGUGAGAGAACGAGCGUCGAACUGUGAAUAUGAGAAUGGGUGGUGAAACGGAGUAUCGGUAAACGGAUACCCCACAGCUUUUGACUGGGAAUUUCUUUUUUCAACUUCCUCAAUUUGCUACUGGUCUCAUAAUUUCCCCUUUCUGAUACCCAUACACCGUGCGAACAGUAUUGAGCGCGGGAACAUGCCCUACUUGUAAUACAACACUCUGCUUUUUUCUGCACGGCAAUUCAUCAUUUGGCUCGGUGUGUUUGGGUUCCAAAAACUUGCAUGGAUAUUGAUGGAUUGGUGUUUUUUGAAAAUGGCACGCGCGUGGAGUUUAUUUCCCAAUUCAUCCCUCGAUAUUGAUUGCUUGCAGGGCCUUUAGGUCUGCAAUGGAAUGGAGCAUUCGUCUUGAUUUUCAUUUGUAAUAGCGGGCGGGACUUUCUACUUAUUUUAGAUGCGAGGUGGUCUCUAUGUAUUUUACCUUCCGCUCUGGUGUCCCAGGACAAUUAGAUUUCCGGUGGUGAAGCUCUUUCAUCGGCGACGAGUGGGAGGAGCUUUGAUAUGCUAUGCUAUGCAAGGUAUUUAUUCAGCUGAGAAAGAAUGAAUAACAAACAAAUAGUCAGCGAUUAAAUUUAAAA